AUGAAGUUUUAUCUAACAUUUUUCCUCAGUUUUGUGGCUCUUUCAUUUGGAGCAGACAUCGAAGAAGAAGAAAAUGUCUUAGUCUUGACCGAAGCUGUUUUUGAUCAAGCCAUAAGCGACAAUGAGCAUAUUCUUGUUGAAUUUUGUAAGUUAGCGUACAUGUUGUGAGCGAGAGUUUGUUAUAUGGUCACUUUACAAACACGAUAAGAUCACAAGUUUAUCUCAUGCGUAUUUUUUUCUUUUUAGAUGCACCGUGGUGUGGACAUUGCAAAGCUCUUGCCCCUGAAUAUGCCAAAGCAGCGACGAAACUCAAGGAAGAAGGGUCGGCCAUCAAGCUUGCUAAAGUUGACGCCACUAAAGAAACUAAACUCGGUGAAAAGUACCAAGUCCAGGGAUAUCCUACCCUCAAGUUCUUUAGAUCGGGAAAACCGGUGGAGUAUUCUGGUUAGUUUGAAGUGAAGCCAAUGUUUUCAAGUCGUAAUUCGCGAACGAAACGCGCAGACUUGUACUACUACACGUGCAUCCAUGUUAUUAACAGACUUCUGAAAUAUUUAUUGCUAAUUUCCAUGUUUUUCUUGAAAAUGUAAGUAUUUUGAUUUAGGUCGUUGGCAGCGAUAAUCAAUUUUCAUUGUAAUUAGUCAUUUUCAUAACAUUUAUCACUUGCUCUUUUUUUUUUCAUUGGGUUUCCGGCCUCUACGAAAAUGUUCGUAAAUCUUUUGUUGUCUCCGAAAAUACUGGAAAUACAAAAGGUUCUUGUCUUAGCUGAACAAACACGGUGUUCAUUGCAAAAAUUUUUAUGUGAAAACGAUCUUACUUGUUAGAUUCUUUGUUCAACUUACGAGGCCUGUAAUAUCAAAUUAGCGUGAAGUACAGAAACAAUGAAAAUUGUGUUUAUUAGAGGUUGAAAAUUCGGCCUAAUUUUUUAGCUUUUCGUCUAGAACUGUACAGUAAUUAUCUACUUUUUCAACUUAACACAUUUCAGUAGCGAGAGCAGUUUAAGUCUUACUCGUCUUCUAGAACAGGAAAAAUUGUAAAGUAGCAGCUGACAUCAAACAUAAGUUUCACUUUAGAUGAGUAAUAUGAGAUGAUAGUUUACAUGAUGGACCAUCCUCGCUAAGUGAUGAUUCAUCAUUGCCAAAUUUUUACACUAACCCAUCUAUCCUUUGUUCCUUUUUUUUGAAAAAGAUUAAUGUAAAUUAGAUUCAUCCUUUGAUCUUUUUUUUUUUGGACCAAUGAGAAUUAACCAACUCAACACUUCUAUCAGUUGAAAAGUCUCUUCAAAAUGUGUUCCUGGCUAGAAAGAAAAACUUGCCCACAUAAACUUGAUUUGGUUAUGUUUUGAACUUUUGUCUGUAAUAUUAAGAUCCAAAGUAUUGUUUAGGAGAACAUUUUGUAGACAUAAUCCCAAUAUUUGGAUUUCCUUUCAACAGGUGGCCGCACAGAAUCUGAAAUAAUCACUUGGUUGAAAAAGAAAACAGGACCCCCAGCAGUAGAACUAACAACAGCAGAUGAAGUCAAGGAAUUUAAAGAAAAGAGUGAUGUUGUUGUUGUUGGUUUUUACGCUGACAAGGAAUCUGAUGCUGCUAAGGCUUUCGUUGCGGCUGCCCAGGGUAUGGAUGACAUUCAGUUCGGAAUCGUACAUGACGCAGAUAUUGCUAAAGAACACAAUGUUGCAGAAAAUGUGGUUCUCUUUAAGAAGGUAAUGCUUAGCAAUGUGUUUUGAUCUAAAAAAAAUAUACAUAUACUUAGACUCCUCCGCUGCCCACCUCCAGCUGUAAUAGUUUAAAUCAAGGGCUUGUUCAGCUGGAUUUUUGAGUCUUCAUGUGAAAUAUUGAGAGACCUUAAUGAAGUGGUUUUGUUAUGAUGUUCUGUGGUGAUGAUAAUGUAGGAUAAAUGGCCUUCCCAUCUGGGAAGAAAAGCUACACAUUUGAUUGUGCAAUACUAAAGAAACCAGGAUAUUCUUGUUUACCACUGGACAACGUAUAUGCAUAGGUAUUACUUAGUGUUGGAAUUGAAAUUUUGAAGGGUGCUUCUCAAGCUAAACAUUCAGAGAAUUUUAAAUACUUUGGAAUUCCUUCAAAGGUUUAGUCAUGCAGGAAUUUGAUGGGGCUUUGUUGAGGUCCAAAUGCACAAUGAGUCCAAGUUUAAUUUCAGUCUAAUCUGAGAACCAGUCCAUGAUAAUUUCUGUUAAAUUGUUAUUCAGUUGCUUUGUGGGAAUCUUCUCUGAGUCAGUGUUUUUUGUUCUUGUGUUAGUUUGAUGAAGGACGUGCUGACUAUGAUGGAGAACACAAAUCUGAAGAUAUCAUCAAGUUUGUCAAAGGAAACCAACUGCCUCUUGUGACAGAAUUCAAUGAUGAGGUAAGAUCUUAAAUCAUGAUGUGUUUGUGUCUAUAAACUCCCCUUAAUAAGCCUUCUGUUGCCAUCACUUCUGGGUUUUAAUACAAUAGAGCAGUAAAAUAUUAAAAAAGUUAGAUCUGGACUCCAUAGGGCCUUUUUUUGAUGAAGAAAUGUUCAUUUCAGACUUAGGGUACCCCAUAAGAUAUGUGAAGUAACUAUACAUUGAAAUAUUAAAUUGUGGCUGUAUUGUCAAAAUUGUCCAUAAAACUGGGGAGAUCUUAUACAAACAAAAGAAGUCAUUUGAGUUAAACCUUGUGGCUAGUCAUUCCCAACUAUUACGAGGCACCCUUAGUGUUAUGGCUAUGAAAGUAAAACUAAUCACCAUUUUAUCUUCUUCUAGAAUGCACCAAAGAUCUUUGGAGGAGAUAUUAAGAAGCAUGUUCUGCUCUUUGCAAGCAAAGAGGCUGAAGAUUUCCAGGCCAUCCAGGAAGCAUUUUCAGCCGCAGCCAAGGAAUUCAAAGGACAAGUUCUCUUUGUGCUUGUUGACACUAAUAUUGAAGACAACAGCCGUAUCUCAGAAUUCUUUGGAAUUGAUACUAAGGAAAUCCCAACUGUCCGGCUGAUCAACUUGGCAGAGGAUGAUAUGACAAAAUACAAGGCCGAAACCACUGAAGUUACUACUGAGAAUGUCAAGGCUUUUGUCUCCUCAGUUCUUGAUGGAUCACUCAAGGUAAUGAUUUCUUUCUAAGCUGUAAGUGAUGUUAAUGUUCAUAAAUCUACUGGCUUGAUUAAUUAUCCUUCAAUCUUUCAAGAUCUGAAAGUUAUGGUUCACUGGAUCUGAGAAUCUGGAGAGAUAUAAACAAUUACAUCAUGGGUUUGAGAUUACUGUCUUGUGAUAGUUGCUGAGGGCAAAGCCCAAAUUGAAUGUUAUGCAUAGAAAUCGAAUCCUAAUAAUCUAAUUGUGUUAGUUCAAAUCUAUUAGUUGUUGAAAACUUAUCAAAAAGGCAGGCUCAUGUUUCCUUUCUUGUUUUCUUAAUUUACAACUGCUCAUUAUUGAGCUAUGCAAGCUACUUAUACUCAUGGAAUUGAUAACAAGUGACUAUUGUAGAUUGUUGUGAUAGAAUGAUUUUAGUUUCUUAAUUCCCCUUGCCUUUUGUUUGAAAGUGUAAUGAAAUUGUGAGGUAAAUUUAAGCUAUCUUUCGUAGGGUGAAGCAUUGAACACUUUUGUAAGGAAGAAGUAAGGGGGAAGUGCUCUUAGAAAGAACAAUUUUUCACCCUCCCACUUUUGGUUGUUGGGAUUUGAUGUUGAUGGUAAUGUAACAACUACCACCUCUGUCUUUGUCUGGUGACAGAGUUUUCUUAUUCUGUUUGCAUUUAAUUUUCAGCCUCAUUUACUCAGUCAAGAAAUCCCAGAGGAUUGGGAUGCCAAACCUGUCAAGGUCCUGGUUGGAAAGAACUUCGAUGAAGUAGUCAAGGACAAAACCAAGGCUGUUCUAGUAGAAUUCUGUAAGUGAUGUUCUUUUUAUGUUAUUCCUAGGAUUUUGUUAAAAGUGCCCUUGUGUUCGGUUUGCAUGUAAGACUACGGUCUCUGUUGGAGGUCAUGCCAGCUUGAUAAGGUGCCCAAGCAGUGAAAAGACUGGAUUUAUGAUCUUAAUGCACCAAGUUGGGUUCUUAAACCUUUCGUGUUAGAUCUAUUGUUAGUUACCUACUCUGGCUGUAACACAUUUCCAUAUAAACAAGUUGCGAGGAUUUGAUGUUUGAUCAAGAUAAUAAAUUAUACCUGAUUAUUUUUAGCUAUAUUCAUUAUUUGUUUGCUGAAUCAGGGCGUGAAAUUAAUUUUUUUUUUCUGAUAGCCACCUGGCUCCUAAAUUCUUCAAAGUGGUAGCCAAUUCAAAAAAGUUGGUCGCCAUUUUCAAAGACAAACAAAAUCUUUCUUUACGCUGUCAACAUUCUAGAUAGACCCUCCAAAAUUAAGUUAGGGAAGAGAUCUUUAGCGUGCUACAAAGUGGACACUAGGAUGGAUGAUAUACAACGUUCAGGCUCAUCUAAAUCCAAGAUAGUGUCUAGUUAUUGCUCGAGAUGCAUAAGCUACGUUUUGGAAACAAACUUAACGAGGAAGUUUGUGGCAGAUUUAUCUUUGCAAAUCUUUUUAAUUCACUAUAUCUCUUGGUAAGGUUAUGAUAAAACGUUCUGGUCGCCAAUUUGGCGACUAACUUUCAGGAUUUGGUUUGGAAGUGAAAAAUUUAGGUGCAUUGGCGCCUGUAUUAGGUGCAAUUUCACGCCCUGUGAAUGAUAAAAUGGAUAUCAUAGGGAGAAGUAAUAUGUUAAUAAUUUCUGGGAAUUAAUGGGUUAUACUAAUCUUGUAAAUGGGCAACUUAUCUGCCUUGUGUUAGUCAAACCAGGCUCUAAGCCUUGUUUUGUGUCAUUGAUUUUUUUAGCUCCACCUGCUAUUGUGUUACAUUAAUCCUGCUAAGAGUCAGUAAAGGCUAAUGUAUAGAUUUAGCCAAGCCUAAAAGCAGAGCUCACAUUUUUUUUCCCGACAUCUCAAGGGCACAAUGCCUUGCCCUGGCCAGGACCAGAACCCGGGUUGUCCGACUUGGAGACCACUAGACUACUGAACAAAGCUGUGGCGUUGGUGUACCCAUGGUACAGUUGACCACGCAUGUUAAAAGUAGCACCUUGUAUGGUUGUACAGUUGUACAUCCAAAUUUUUUCAGCUUGAUGGGUUACUACUAUUUUGUAUAAUUAUGGGGCUACGCUCUGCAAGCUCCGCUAUUAACAUUAUUUGUUUUUUCUGUGCCAUAACAGAUGCCCCAUGGUGUGGUCAUUGUAAGAAAUUAGCUCCAAUCUGGGAUGAACUUGGAGAGAAGUUUAAAGACCGUGAUGAUAUUGUCGUUGCCAAGAUGGACUCCACAGCCAAUGAAGUAGAGAGUGUUAAGAUUCAAAGCUUUCCUACUCUUAAAUACUUCCCUAAAGAUAGUGAUGAGGUAGGAAACAUUCUGAAAACAAAUUUGUAUUUACUUGCUAUAAUUAUCAAUAUAGUUUUGCUUUGUAAUAAAUUGUCUCUGAGAAGUUUGUUAACCUAAGUGUAACAGCAAUGCCUUGUGGUCAUUCCAAACAAGCAGAGAUGCUUAUGACCAUCUGGAGAAUAGUGUUUAAGAUUGUGGACUGUCUAAUUUCCUUUUGAUUGUAAAGAUCAUCUUUACAAGUGCCAAAAGACUGCAUUUGAUCUUUUUCUAAUUUAUGUUUGGGAAAUCUUAGCUGAAAUUGAUCUGAGCCUUAUUUUGUGAGAUGCAGUCAUUCCCCUUAGAAUCUCCUAUGUCAUAAAAAUGCUUCUUUUUUUCUGUAUCAGAUUGUAGAUUACAAGGGUGGCAGAACUCUUGAUGAUUUUGUCAAGUUUCUUGAAUCUGAUGGUAAAGUAAACCAAGAACCCACAGAAGGUGAAGAACCAGCCCCAGAAGAAGAAGGGGAGGGUAUGGAGGGUGAAGAGCCUGAGGGUGAAGGUGACGAGUCUGAAGGUGCUGAGGAAGAAACUGAUGGAACAGAGGCAACCAAAGAUGAGCUCUAAAUUGUCUUAUCGGGUUUUUAAAUUUGAGCUGCAGAUGAUUUCUUAAUGUAAGAGAAUGUAAUGAACUUUUUCCAAAAAACAAAAUACAACUGUGGCCAACCAUUUUGAAAGUUCAACUCCAAACUAUUAGGAGCUGUUUUUUGAGUUCUAGACUAUCCUAGUCCGACAAAAGAAAUUAAUAUUGCUCAGUGAUUUGCAAGAAAAUGUUUUCCUAGUUGAAGACUUUCCUGCUGCAUCUUUUUGAUGAACUCAUUUGUUCAGGACUCCAUUUAAUUAAGCUUUCGUCGCACUAAGAUAAGUUAAGAGCAUAAAAUUUAGGAAUAAUCAUCUCUGAACCACAUCACUGUGAAAGACUUUUACUUACUUCUCUUUCCCAGCAUUAUAUUCUGUGACCUCUGGUUAGGUAAUAUGUUUUAAACUCUUGUGUAUUUUCGAAUAGUUAAUAGGUUUUCAAAUCUUUUUUUUGGAAGUUUCUUCAACUCACACUCAAAAUAAACCUCUCACCACCUGGCUUAUAAAUUGUUUUAUUUUAUUUAUGGCAAUUAUCGGUGUGAAGGUUUAAUUUAACAGAAAAAAAGUGAAAAAAAGCUUUCAAUUAAAAAUUCCUCAUUAAAUAAAAGAGUAUUGUUUGGUUUAGUAUUUUGCAUCAAGAGGGUUCCUUCUUCAUUUAUUCAAGGCUUUUUUUAACAGGAGUUUCCCAAACAAGAUUAAAGGUUCUACCCUGGCUGC